ACGCUUGAGUCGCUCGUCAUCCAAAGGAGGCUCUCUCUCAUCGCAAGAUCCCAGCUUUUUUUUCCUUUCUGGGUUUUCCUUUUCUGGCGUUUUCUCGUUAUCCAAACACCGGAAAAGGAAAAGAUAAAGGAAAAAAGGGAGAAAAAGGUGUCGCGACUUUCCCCUGUUGGCAAAGGAAAGAUUAAAUCGGUCCUCCAAUCAAUCGGCGGCUUUGGAUAAACGUAGACGAGUCGUAGUCGCCCAAGUUUAUCCAUUUGCCUCGAUUUUCGCGACGCUUAAGCUUAAGAUCUCAACAUAUAUAUAAAGAUUUUUCCUUUCCUGGAUUAUCCUCUGAGGAAAAUUUUCCAUAGAUUUCUGAGAUACUCUGGAAAGGAAAAAGUAAAAAGAUGAUGAGAAGGCAGCAGCAGCAGCGAGAUCAGCAAUCUAGGGUUUUCUACGAGCUAUCGGCUCUUGUCCUGAGUCUCCUCCGGUCACCACCGAUGCCCAUACCGUUUCCCGAUCACUUACCGGAGAAUUCAAGUUCGCCGGUGAGACGUCCUCCACCGCCUCGGUCUUCGUUGUCAUCUUCGGCGGUGGCCCAGAUUUCUCCGACGGGCUUCGCGUCGCUGCUUCUGGGCAUAUCUGUGGCUCUGAUGCUCUGUGGAUCCGUGACUUUCUUCCUGGGGUUCCUGUUGAUGCCUUGGGUUCUGGGUUUGCUCAUGGUCUUCUAUCUCGCCGGGAUCGUGUCCGCCAUUUCCAUGGUCGGAAGGUCCAUCCUCUGUUACGUCUUGGCACCUCCUUCCUCCUCCGGCAAGGAGAUUCCUGGGUUUUUCAAGACAUGGCUCUGUUUUGGUGAUCUUGCUCUGUCUCAGCUGAGAAGAUUUGAUCUUGUUCUUUGGGUUCUCCGGAUUCCUUAUCCAGAAAAUCAAGGACUGUACUUUCAUCUUCGAUCCGUGUCCUUGUAUUGUUGUCUGAAUAAAGAUUCAUCCAUUAGGAUCAUCCAUUCGAGAAUCUCUUAAAUGGUAGUUUCUAGGUUUUCUCCAUAGGCGCAAACCUUGAGAAACUGGAAAACUUUCAUAUGCCAUAUAAAUCCAUGGGUUUAUGAUCAUAUAUUCUUAUAUAUAUCAUCAUAAUGAAGGCCAACAAUCUAAACCCUAGCGUGUGUAUAUAUAUAUAUAUUUGCAAUGAAAGAGAUGACAGAAGAGAAUCUAUAUGAUCACUAAAGUGGUUUCCACAUU